AUGGGGGCUCUAAAACAGAGGUGGACUUCUGAGGAAGAGGCUGCUCUUAGAGCUGGAGUAGCGAGACAUGGAGUUGGAAAUUGGCGUAUGAUAUUGAAUGAUCCAGAACUUAGCUCCACAUUGCGCUACCGCUCGAAUGUUGACCUAAAGGACAAAUGGCGCAACAUGAAUGUAAUUGUCACUUCAUCGAGUGCUCGUGACAGGGGGAGAACUUCCACGAGGAGAACCCGAGCUGCUCCUAAGAAUAAUGAUCACUCGUUGGCAUUGAGCACAGUUACUUCUGAUGUUGAUGAUGAGAUUGUUGAUGUAAAUCCUAUUCCUAUAGCAUCAGUGCCUGUUGCAGCGUGGAAUACUUCAAAUUCAAAGAAAUCUCACUCAAGGCUAGACAAUAUUAUAAUGGAGGCUAUAAAGAACUUGAAUGAGCCUACAGGGUCACACAGAACUACUAUUGCUAAUUACAUAGAGGAGCAAUAUUGGCCACCUAGUGAUUUUGAUCACUUAUUGUCUGCAAAACUGAAGGAUUUAGCUACCAGUGGGAAAUUGUUAAAGGUAAAUAUGAUUUUUAAGUUGCAUGUUCUCAAAUUGAAGAACCUUGAGCUUUUCAGCAUGACCAGUGGAAGUUUGCAGGUGAAUCGGAAGUACAGGAUAGCACCUAGUUCACCACGCUUAGAGGGCCGAAGCCCCAAGAUGGUGCUGCUGGAAGACGUGCAAGGAGAACCCUUGAAAUUAGGGAGUGAUGCUAGUAGAACCCUCACGAGAUCCCAAGUUGAUGCUGAAUUGGUUCGUAUGGCAACUAUGACUGCUGAGGCAGCUGCGGCUGCCGCUGCUCAUGCAGUUGCAGAGGCAGAGGCUAUCAUGGCAGAAGCAGAAGCAGCUGCUAGGGAAGCAGAGGCUGCAGAAGCAGAGGCCCGAACUGCACAGGCCUUCGCUGAAGCAGCAGUUUUGACACUGAAGAACAGAAAUGCUGCGAAAUUGGUAUAG